UCUGUCCCCGCCCCAGCAGCUCAGUCAAUCCAACCUGAAGAGAAGGCGAGUCAACGGCUAAAAAUAUAAUAGCUAACACAAGAUGGCCGGUCUGCCUCGUAGGAUUGUAAAGGAAACGCAGCGGUUGAUGGCAGAGCCUGUUCCAGGGAUCACUGCUACGCCUGAUGAAGGGAAUGCACGCUACUUCCAUGUGUUCAUUGCAGGGCCUCAAGAUUCUCCCUUUGAAGGAGGCACAUUUAAACUUGAACUAUUUCUUCCAGAAGAGUAUCCCAUGGCAGCUCCCAAAGUGCGAUUCAUGACCAAAAUCUAUCACCCCAAUGUUGACAAACUGGGAAGAAUAUGUUUAGACAUUUUGAAAGACAAGUGGUCUCCAGCCCUGCAGAUCCGUACAGUGUUGCUAUCUAUCCAGGCAUUAUUAAGUGCUCCCAAUCCAGAUGAUCCACUGGCAAAUGAUGUUGCAGAGCAGUGGAAGAAAAAUGAAAGCCAAGCCAUUGAGACAGCCCGAACAUGGACCAGGCUCUACGCAGGCAACAGUGAAGUAUAGAAGAAGAGAAUCGAGGCGUCUGAAUGUGAUCCACAAAAUAUACUCCUAUUCUGUCAUUUGAAUUUAACGGACACAAAAAAGAGAAAAAAAAUAUUAUAAGUCCAAAUCUAUCUGAAAGAAAUGACAUGAGCAGCAGACCUCUGGGUGACAUAUGUUAAGACGCGUUAAAUGUGUGUUAGCCUUUUUUUCUUUUUUCUUUCUUUUGUUUUUUUUUUGUUUGUUUGUUUGUUUUCUUUCCCCUGUGUUGCUAUUUAAAUGCAUGGACAGAGAAUGAGACCCUCCCCAUUACAGUCUUAAAACUCACAAUACAAUGUGUUGUCUUUAACCAGGCACAUGCUGGUACGUUUGCAAAGUGUACAUGCAUUAAAGCUGUCAUUCUUUUAACACAUGCA